AUGUGUCAUACAAUACAACACCAUAUUGCGAUUAAUUUGCAAUACAGAGAUGAAAAUUUUGUUGUAAAUAUUUGUGGAGGAAAUUUACAUUAUGAAAAACAAGUCCUUUCAAAUAAUAAAGUUGCAGAAACUUUGACUACUCAACAAAAUCUUCCUGAAUAUAGUAAACAUAGCUCAGAAGAGGAAGAUAAUGCUGGUGAUAUUAGUGACAUUAGUGAAGUUAACCUAACUACAACAAUGAAAUA